AUGGCUGCUCAGUCAACUCUCCGACAUUCGGUUGCCGAGGAGGCCAUCGCUGCUUUUAUCGACAAAUAUGCCGAGCUCAUCCGCUCCAAGUUGCGCAACACCUCACGGACAACCCGCCUCCUUUCCACGCUCGCCCUCGCCACCUCCAUCAUUCUCGCCGGCGCAGGUGUACGACGACGGUGGAAACACAAGCGCGACGAGAGAGAACAAGGUAGGAAGCUUGUGCGUACCAACUCGUGGCUUCACAAUAAGGAUGGCUCUCGUACCAUCUUCGUCCCCUACAAGAACCGCGACCGCCCAGCCAAAGUGGUCAUCCACAACACAAAACCACUCACCUUCCAGGCCCACCGUCGCCUGUUCCUGAAUCCCCCGAGGGUGUCGGGCUUAGGCGAUGGGGCCGUCCCUUCAGCCCAGACCAAACCCGGCCUUAACUUGGCCUUCCUCCACCAGUUCCUCAGCCUGCUGAGCAUCAUGAUCCCGCGGUGGAACAGCAAGGAGGCCGGUCUGCUUGUGAGCCACGGCGUCUUCCUGAUGCUGCGUACCUACAUGUCGCUGGUCGUCGCCCGCCUCGAUGGUGAGAUUGUGCGCGACCUAGUGGCUGGAAAUGGCAAAUCCUUCGUGUGGGGAUUGGUCAAAUGGUGCGGACUCGGCGGCUUCGCCUCGUACACCAAUGCCAUGAUCAAGUUUCUCGAAUGCAAGGUGUCUAUUGCCUUCCGCACCCGAUUGACUCGGUACAUCCACGAUCUGUAUCUGAACGAUAACCUCAACUUUUACAAGAUUCAAAACCUAGAUGGCGGCCUGGGGUCAGGGGCGGACCAGUUCAUUACGCAGGACCUGACGCACUUUUGUGCCUCGGCAGCGAAUCUUUACUCGUCACUGGGGAAGCCGUUUGUUGACAUAUGCGUCUUCAACUACCAGCUAUUCCGCUCCCUCGGUCCGUUGGCCUCGUUUGGUCUCGCCAGCAACUACUUCAUCACUGCGAGCAUUCUCCGAAAGCUGUCCCCGCCCUUCGCGAGGUUGAAAGCCGUCGAAGGCAGGAAGGAAGGCGAAUUUCGCAGCCUACACUCGCGCUUAAUAGCUAACGCCGAAGAAAUCGCCUUCUAUGGCGGCUCCGAGACAGAGAAGGCCUUUCUCAACAAAGAGUACGCAUCACUUUCUAAGUGGAUGAACGGCGUGUAUCGGAUAAGGAUCCAAUACAACAUGCUGGAGGAUUUUAUCCUCAAGUACAGUUGGAGCGCCUACGGCUACCUCCUGUCAUCGUUGCCCGUCUUCCUGCCCGCAUGGGGCGGCCUUGGCGGCAAGUUGGAGCAAGCUGCUCACGCUGUUAAGGACGGCCGUGAGCGGUCACGCAUGAAGGACUUCAUCACCAACAAGCGGCUGAUGCUAUCGCUCGCCGAUGCCGGCGGUCGGAUGAUGUACUCGAUGAAGGAUCUUUCAGAGCUAGCCGGACACACCAGCCGCGUCUACACGCUUAUCUCGACGCUGCACAGGGUUCACGCCGCGUCGUAUCAUGCUAAGGGCAGGGAGAACGAGUUAUUUUCCCUAUCCGACAUCCAGGGCACCACACAGCUAGGAUUCGACGGCGUACGGUUGGAAAAUGUCCCCAUCGUCGCGCCCGCGCUUUGGCCCCAUGGCGGCGAUGAGCUAGUAGAAUCCCUCUCUAUGAUCAUCCGUCGCGGUGACCACCUGCUCAUCUCGGGCCCAAACGGCGUCGGCAAGAGUGCCAUUGCCCGAGUCAUUGCAGGGCUAUGGCCCGUCUACCGCGGCCUGGUCAGCCGACCCAAGGAUCAGGGGGAGGAUGGCAUUAUGUUCCUGCCCCAGCGACCCUACCUCAGCAUCGGCACCCUCCGUGACCAGGUCAUCUACCCCGACGGCGAGGCCGACAUGCGCGACAAGCGAAAGAACGACACGCAUCUCAAGUACGUGCUUGACCUAGCCCGCCUAGGGUACCUGCCCGAGCGCGAGGGCGGGUGGAAUACCCGCAAGGAGUGGAAGGACGUGUUGAGCGGCGGCGAGAAGCAGCGAUUGGCGAUCGCCAGGCUCCUCUACCACGAGCCCAAGUACGCGUUCAUCGACGAGGGCACGAGCGCCGUCUCGAGCGAUGUCGAAGGACUGCUGUACCAGACGUGCAAGGAUAAGGGAAUCACCCUCAUCACCAUCUCCACCCGCGCCUCCCUCAAGAAGUACCACACCUACAACCUGGUCCUCGGCCAGGGCGACCGCAGCGACAGCUGGGAGCUGCAGCGCAUCGGAACCGAGAUGGAGAAGAUGCACGCUCGGCGCGAGCUCGAGGAGCUGCAGGAGAAGCUGGCCCAGGUCGACAAAUGGAAGGCGCGCCACGCUCAAAUCGAGAGCGAGCUCGCCAAGGUGUGGGUCGAGGGCGGCGAGCCGCUCCCUGAGAGCGAGGUCGAGGAGACGCUCGUCAAAGACGGUGGGUCGUCGCCUGCUGUGGUUGAGAAGGCCGAGUCGGCUGCAGUAGCGCGCGGUGAGCCGUCCGUUGUGGAGAGCACCGAGUCGCUUGUCGAGGUGAAGGGUGCCGAUAUCGAUGUCAGUGCGAGCAGUGUUGCCGGGCUUGGGGCUGGCGCGGUGGGGCAAGUCAGUGGGCCGUCGGAGGGCGGUGAGCAGGAGGCUGCGGUGGAUCAUACCGAGACAGAAACUGAGGCUGAUUAUGAGGAGGCUCAGGAGGAGAUGGGACAGGAGAGCGAGACGGAGACGGAAGUGGAGGCGGGGUCGCGUGGUGAGGGAAAGGAAGGGAGUGCGGCUGGGGAGGGGUCGGCUGUUGUUGUAUGA